GCCAAUCACGAGAGAGAAGAUAAGCGACACCGGAACCGCGGCUCCCCCUCUAUCGCAUAAUGUGCUACGUUGAAAUAAACGAACAAACUAACACGUCCUAAAUCCUAAAACAGGAGUCAUGAAGCAUUUCUACCCUCGAUAUACUAAGUAAUGUUUUAUAUCAAGAGAACAGUUGCCUCAGUAUUGAUUUCUUUAACCAAAUGAACUGCUCAGAGGAAAAUUUAUUCCCAGUAAUUAGGCGUGUGCCUUGUACGACGCAGAGGGAGGAAGUCCCAUCGCUGGCAAAGCGCCGAGUUAUUUGCUCAACAAUCAUUUCAGACUCGAGCCGCGCCAAAAUGUCUAGACAUCCACAUGACCCAAGUCAACCAAUCAGCGUAGAAGUAAUCGUGUGGUCAGAGAGAGUAGUAAAUUUCGUAUGUUUUUCGCGUAUACAGCGAGCAUCUUUGCGAAUCGUGAGCCUGUGAUCGAAAUCUCGCGCAGCUUCGUUAUACUGCACAGUAAGCUCUAUUGCGACGGGACGGGCUGGUGUAUACUGUGUAUUCUCUACCGGACUAGUUACGGAAUAAUAAGUAUAGGCAUCUGGAGAACCGUAAACUGUAUUCAGUGGAUUACACUAGAGAAAUUUUGUGAGCUGUCUUCGUAUGCACUGCCGUAUUUUGUCUGAGUUUUGAUUAAUCGUCGACGAAUUGUGUGGAUUUUCAUCGUUUUUUCAACGUUUGAUGCUGGAUUUUAUACACAUGCUGGAGUGGUGCGGUGACGGGCUUCGCUGCCUGCUUGAUCGGCCUUGUAUGCUGUCACUGCUAUAGCCAAAGGAGCUGUUGUGUAUUCUUUUGCCGUUUUGGCCAGUGCCACAACGAGCGACCUAAGGAGGAAAACCGCCGUUUCUCCGGCGCUGGAAUGCUUAUUCUCAUCCGAGUCUGUGGGCUAUGCAUCGUGUGCAUGCAGCGCAUGUCGCAUGUUCAGGUCCAGGCGGUCUGCGCUCGUGCGGCGACUUUUGCGGAGCCGUGUGGGCUGUACACACGGUAACGAUAGUGGGUCUUCGGCCGACCGGGAGAGUGAGGCCGAGACCGACCUCAAAGCAGCCGCCAACAGCUUCCUAAAACGCCUCAAGGAAAAACAACUCGAGCUUUUGCUCGAGGCAUUGGAGAGUCGUGGAGGGACUCAUACAAACUGUGUCCCCAUCUCGAAAGGGGAACUUGGACGCAGGACCGUUGCUCCUCAUGUUUUAUGUUGCCAGCUAUUUCGUUGGCCAGAACUCAAGCAUGGAAGCGAACUCAAACGGCUCAAAUUUUGCUGCGAAAUUAGCCAACAAGGCGACGAGGAAUCCUCAGGAACAGUGUGCUGCAAUCCCUACCAUAUCAGCCGUCUAUGCAGACCAGAGUCUCCACCACCACCCUAUAGCAGAAUUGCGUUCGAGAGGUCCAAAACGCAAGAAACUGAAGAAGAUGCCCCAGUCACAUCGCCCGUUGAAUUUGGGCAGAGCACAGAGACGGGCAACACACCUACUGAACGGAGACAGCCUUAUGCCAACUCAUCAGGUGUGGACGCAACGAAUGGCAACAGGAGGCACUGGUGUCACGUGGCGUAUUGGGAACAUAGAACGCGUGUUGGACCCAUGUACUCAGUAUUCACAGACUCUGUAAAUAUCUUCUAUGACCUACCUCACGGGGACGGAUUCUGCUUGGGCCUGCUGAAGCGGGAGGGCCGGCCAGAGUCCGUCGCAAAAAUUCGCCAGAAGAUCGACUACGGGCUAUCGAUGAGCCGGGAAGAGGACGGGGUGUGGAUCUACAACAGGAGCAACUAUGCCUUAUUUGUGAACUCCCCCUCACCUCACUCCAGGACGUUCACAGUGCACAAACUCUCGCCGGGAUUUUCAAUCAAGAUCUACGACCACGCCAAGUCCAAGUUGUUAGAACUCAUGCACCGGGAGUCGGAACCGCCCGAUGGCCCGGUGGAUCCGAAUUCGAUACGAAUCAGCUUCAUCAAGGGGUGGGGACCACAUUACUCUCGCCAGUUUAUCACCUCAUGUCCUUGUUGGAUUGAACUGAUCAUGACGGCGCCCCCGCGGUGAUGACCACCACGAUGCUGAUGAUGCAUUAUAUUACUUUUAGAUCUAAUAUAAUAUUUUAUAUUAUAUAUAUUAUAUAUUAUAAUACCUGUACAUAUGGACUCAUUUUUACAAUUGUAAUUUAUGGUGCCAUGCAUAAGUUCAUUCAAUUAUUGUAUACUCCCUUUCCUCCCUCUUCCCUAUCUCAAACUUUGCUAACAAGACUUUGUUCUCUCUUCUCUCCUUGUUUUUAAAGUUUUCUUUCUUUCAUUCAUUCAUUCAUUCAUUCAUCAUUCAUUCAUUCAUAUACCUCUGUUCUUAUUCAAAUUGCCCAUUCUAAAGACAUGUUCGUAACACACGUACAUGUGGUGUUGUUCAUGUGUAUAGGCAAACGUUACUGUUUUUUACCAGUUGAAAAUAUGACAAAUGACGAAAGAGAGAAAAAAUAUGGUAUUGAAUUAAUAAACUCAUUAAUAUGCACCAUGAAAGUAAA